AUAGCCGCAUAGGAAUGACUCUCUCUCUCUCUCUCUUAAAAAAAAGAAAAAAAAGGAAAAAGAAACUGUAACUCCAGCAUUCCAACCAUUAGCUUCAGCAAACCCUAAACCUUUGACCUCUUUGAUGGCCGAAUCGUCCACUCAAUCAAAUUCAAAACGCCAGACACUCUCUCCCGGAAAAGAUGCAGUGGUCGACAGGAUUAGUAGUCUACCGGAAUCUCUUCUCUGCCACAUUCUCUCCUUCCUUCCAACCAAAGAGUCAGUCGCCACUAGCAUUUUGUCAACCAGGUGGAAGCUCCUUUGGACUCUCGUCCCAAAGCUAGACCUCGACAGUGAUACUAUUACCACUUCGGAGCUUUCAGCUGAUUAUGAUGAUGAUGAUGAAGAUGACGAACGUGAGAUCAUGUUUGCACAUAUUGUGUCAAGCGUUUUGGCUCAACAAGAAUGUGGAGAGCUCCAAACUUUUCGGCUUCAAUGGAAAUUUGGGUGGGACGGUUCCCAUCUCGACGCAUGGCUUGGCUCUGCUGCUGCUCGUAAAGUCAAAGAACUUGAUCUCGACAUUUUUACUGAUAGGGAGGAAAAUCUGAAUUUGCCUCCAAGCUUUUUCUCUUGCAGGACAUUAGUGGUUCUGAAAUUAACUGGUACUAUUGAUAUUGAUAUUGAUGUUGAUACCCCUUCAUUAUCGUUUUAUUUCCCGAGCCUAAAGAUCCUGCAUUUAGUACGUAUUUUGUUGCCGAGUAUCAUUAAUUCACAAGAACACUCUUUCUUGAAACUCCUUUCUGGCUGCCCUGUCCUCGAAGAUUUGUCAUUUACAACUGACCAUUUUGAGGGUGAGUAUAAAUUAUGUGUACCCACGCUGAAACGCUUAAGUAUCAGCGGUAUUAAUGACUCUGAUUAUGAACUCGAGAUAAACGCCCCAGCUCUUGAGUACUUUGAUUUCGAUGGUGAUCUACGCUACAUCAAAUUCUAUGAAAAACCAAACAACCUAGUUCAGGCGGAUGUCUGUACUUAUAGAUUUGACGAUGACUAUACUUCUAUAUUUGACGAUGUCUAUACUUCUAUAUUUGACUAUGAAACUGAAGAAUUUUACAGGACAUGGGUGUUCAAUAUUUUUGCUGCACUGAAUAACGUCAAAUUCCUCUCAUUUUCUUCAAGUGGCACGGAGUGGCACAACUUGGGAAAUAUUUACCCUUCCUCAUUCCAGAAUUUGGUGGAACUAAAAUUUAAAGUGAAUGGUUGUAGCUGGAAUGUGCUACAAUACUUACUCCAAAAAGCUCCUAAUCUAGAAACUCUUGUUAUUACUAGGGGUUCUGAUUUCGUUGAAAGCAACUUAUAUUGGAAGGAGCCACAAUAUGAUCCUGCUAAUCUGUCAUCACUCACAAGUUUUUAUUACAGAGGAUUUAAAGGUUUGAACGAUGAAGUGGAACUUGUGAAAUAUGUUCUAAAGGAGGCAAGAGUUUUGAAGACAGCAACAUUUCAAGUUUCUAGUGGAGAGUCGAAGGAAAGUGUUCUUGAGAAACUAUCAAUGUUCCCGAGGUGCUCAACAACAUGUCUACUUAGAGUUGAAUGAGGUCAGUGUAUGGCUACAUCUACAUGGCACCUCCUUUCAUGCCUAUUUGCCCAGUUUUGUUUGCCUUAUGUAAGUAAGCACAACUGCAGUACCCAAUAUACUUCCAUUAGGGUGAGAUAUACUAAGAUGCACUUCUUAUUGUAGAAAAAAAAAUGAUAAAGUAAGAUCUCAAAAGUAAAUGCCUUAGGAAGGUUUUGGCUUACUAAUGGUAGUAUUUAUUAAAUAGUUGUGUAAGUCCUUUGUCUUUUAAUUGUGUUAUUGAUUCUUGGGGGAAAUGUGUUGAUGAUCCAUGUUUAGUUUAUCAUCCAUAAAAAUGGUAUUUGUUACUCUGAGAACCUGGUUGUGGUCUGUACAUAACACCCUUAUCUUGAAUGUGUUUGGCUUUUGAUUAAGAAGCUACUAUAACAAAAAAAAUUAGAUGGUUCUAA